AUGGAUUCACCGAACCCAUAUGGUAACUCCCAGAGUUUUUUAAACCUCCUAAACAGCCAAGAGGAAAUAUCUUUGUCAUUCGCACCGACUGUAGAUCUUGCAUCCUCACAAGUUCCAACGUUUAGCACACAGCAGAGUGAGGAUCGGACAUCAAGGAGGAAGUGGCAUCCAACUGAAGACGUUUUUCUGAUCUCUUCUUGGUUAAACACCAGCAAAGAUCCUGUCGUUGGUAAUGACCAAAGAGCAGGAGCCUUUUGGAGCCGCAUAGCAAACUUAUUCAACUCGAGUCCACUCUUAGCUAACUAUCAAAACAGAACUCAAAGUCACUUUAAGAAGUGUUGGGGCCGAAUCAAUGAUCAAACAUGUAAGUUUGUAGGGAGCUAUGAAGCAGCAUUGAAAGAGCAAAGCAGUGGCCAAAACAAAAACGACGUGAUGAAGAAUGCUCAUCAAAUCUUCCUCAAUGAUCACGGGUUUAAGUAUGGCCUUGAGCAUGCCUGGAGGGAACUGAGGCAUGACCAAAAGUGGAGCUCAUCCUCGGCUGUAAAAGAUGCUGAUCACAAAAAACGGAAAAAAGGAGAUGUUGACUCAUCUAAGCCAGAUUCCGAUCAACCUGGUUGUCAAGGAGAGGAGACAGCAGAGGUACGGCCCCCUGGUGUGAAGUCUGCCAAGAAAGCCAAAGGUAAAAAGGCUGUUCGGGGAGUUGAAGAGGAAAUGAUAGACUUCACCAACAUGUGGGAAAUAAAACAACAGGACAUAGCACACAAAAAGAUGCUCUCCAGGCAGAGAAUGCUUGAGCACUUACUCGCAAGGGGAGAUAGACUAUCAGAGGGUGAAAAAACUCUUAAGGGAAUCACUCAUUAA